UCACGAACUAUCCGGAAAUUGUAUUCACCGUAAGCAUGCGCACAAACCCCAACGAGGGCCAAUUCAUUUUCGUAUUAUUAUUAGCUCGCUAGUAAAUCCGUUAAAAUAUACACAUUUGAUACAAUUUGUACGCGGGUAUGGCAGAGGAGUUAACGAAAACCACAGGCGAACUCUCAGUGGUGUUCCCACUUCUUCCAGGUGAGUUGUAUGUGUCUGACAAAGAAGGAAAUGACCAGGAUGGUGACGGAACAGAGAGGAAACCUUUCAAGACCUCAUUGAGAGCUUUGACAUUUGCUGGAAAGGAACCAUUCCCAACCAUCUAUGUGGACUCUCAGAAGGAAGGAGAGCGUUGGGCAGUGAUCUCCAAGACGCAGAUGAAAAAUGUGAUCAAGUUAUUUGCUAGAGAGCAGAUGAAGAGCGACUCCAAAGACAAAAAGGAGGCAGAGGAUUCUGAGAGACGAGAGAAGAACCUAGAAGAAGCUAAGAAAGUCACCAUUGAGAAUGACUCCAGCCUUCCAAAGCCCAAAACGGUCAAAAUCUAUCAGCUGGAGCCUCUCCGAGGGGAGAGAGUGAAGGUGUUUGGUUGGGUGCACCGAAUGAGAAAACAAGGAAAGAACCUGCUGUUCAUUGUGCUGAGAGAUGGAACUGGUUUCCUGCAGUGUGUUCUCAACAAUAAAUUGUGUCAGUGCUACAAUGCCCUGGUGCUGUCCACUGAAAGCACAGUGGCUCUGUAUGGGACAGUGAAGCAAGUACCUGAGGGAAAGCAGGCCCCUGGUGGUCAUGAGCUGCACUGUGACUUCUGGGAGCUGGUGGGUCUGGCGCCGGCUGGAGGGGCUGACAACCUGCUGAACGAGGAGUCUGAUGUGGACGUUCAGCUCAACAACAGACACAUGAUGAUCCGUGGGGAGAACGUGUCCAAGAUCCUCCGGAUCCGCUCCACUGUCACACAGUGCUUCAGGGAUCACUUCUUCACCCGCGGAUACUAUGAGAUCACCCCACCCACUCUGGUGCAGACCCAGGUGGAGGGAGGUUCCACCCUGUUCAACCUGAACUACUUUGGGGAGGAGGCGUUCCUGACCCAGUCCUCUCAGCUCUACCUGGAGACCUGCAUCCCUGCUCUGGGAGACACCUUCUGUAUCGCUCAGUCCUACCGUGCAGAGCAGUCCCGCACUCGCAGGCACCUGUCUGAGUACACUCACAUAGAGGCAGAGUGCCCAUUCAUGACCUAUGAGGACCUACUGAGCAGGCUGGAGGAUCUGGUGUGUGACGUGGUGGACAGAGUUCUGAAGUCUCCUGCUGCUUCUCUACUCUACCAAGUCAACCCUGACUUCAAGCCCCCCAAGAGGCCCUUCAAGAGGAUGAACUACUCUGAGGCCAUCAUCUGGCUGAAGGAGCACAACAUCAAAAAGGAUGACGGGACCUACUAUGAGUUUGGAGAGGACAUCCCAGAGGCCCCAGAGAGGCUGAUGACUGAUGCCAUCGGUGAGACCAUCCUGCUGUGCCGCUUCCCGGCUGAGAUCAAGUCCUUCUACAUGCAGCGCUGUCCUGAGGACCGACGCCUCACCGAGUCGGUGGAUGUGCUGAUGCCUAACGUUGGAGAGAUAGUUGGAGGGUCUAUGAGGAUCUGGGAUGCUGAGGAACUGCUGGAGGGAUACAAGAGGGAAGGCAUUGACCCAACACCUUACUACUGGUACACUGACCAGAGGAAGUAUGGUACCUGUCCCCAUGGUGGCUAUGGGCUCGGCCUGGAGAGGUUCCUAACCUGGCUGCUGAACAGGCACCACAUCAGAGACGUGUGUCUCUACCCCCGCUUCAUUCAGCGCUGUCGACCCUGAACUCAACUACCCUGCCCCCUGCUGGAGAUGGAUCACACUGCGCUUGAAGAGGCCAAUAUGUACAUCCCAAAUGGCAAUCUAUUCCCUAUAUAGUGAUAUUUUUUUUUACCAGCGCGCUAUCCCUGUAUAGGGCCCUUAUUUUUUUACCAGGACCAAAGGUAGUGCACUAUAUAGAGAAUACAGCUCCAUUUUGGGACAAAACCCAUCUUACUGCAUUGCAAAAGGCCAACAUACAAGGCUCGAGAUCUAAGACAAGAACAAUUAAUUACAGUAACAAAUCCCUGCAAAUGUAAGAUUUGAAAUGUGUUUUCAAACAAGAAAUUCAUGCUGUCUUGCUAAUAAUAUUUGUCUGCCAAUAAAUGUAUACUGCAUACGCUACAAUAUC